UAUUAUGCUACCAGGCUUAUCCUGUGUGUGUGUGUAACUGUGUAAGUGGAGUGAUGAGGAGAUCAAGGCAGGGUCACCUGACUUGAGAUCUGAAGAGCGAAAUGAUCAAAGUGAACUGUUAACUAGCUAACAAGAGGGCAUAGUGUAAGCAUAGUGAGCUGGUGCACAAGCAAGAGAGGUAGAAGCUCUUUUCUAUAGAUUUUGAAGUUCAUCAGUUUGGGAACACAGGACAGUGAAUCCAACAAAGCUUAAUGUGCUUUCAAAUCAAAUUGUCAAGGAAGCAGGAAGGCUCGCUAGACAGCUACAGGUGCAAGAUAAUUCGAGAUUAAAAGAGAAGUCUUCAAUACUUAGUAGGGUACUUUCUAUCCUUCCCUUUAUUUGGUCAGGGUAAAGGUAGAACUGUGCAACUUGUUAGGAGUAGGGGCUUUCUUCAAUCCUACUACUAUUUUAUUUAACAUGAAUAUUUAGGGCUUUUGCUGCUGGCCCAGAGCAAGACAUGCUGCUUUAAUGACUAACCAGUCAGAAGGAUUUGAACUGUUUCUGAACCGGCCUUCGAGAUGAAAGAAACAAAAGCAAACAACAUGAGUAUGCUACUUCCUAAGAGAAUGCAUUCUAAUGGUUUGCCAGAUGCAAAUAUGUAGGUGCCCUUUUAGCUGCUCCUCUGAUUGUAAAAGAACAAAAGACUAACCAGAAACAGAAAAGAAUACAGGUCGUGUCUUUGUUUGGAGGCCAAAUAGAGCCUGGUGAUGUCCUGUCUUUCGAUGAGUUGGAAAAUUAGGCAUAAACUUUCAAUGUCUAUUGAUGAAUUUGUCAAAAAUACACCAUACAUAUCAGAGGAUGGAGCUGUUACACUUGGAUCUAAGAAAACAACUGUGUUUGAGGUUGAUCUUAGGACUGGAAAGCUGAUCCGGGCUUAUGCAUUUGAUUCUCCAUCAACGUUGCAGAGUGUUUCAUAUAAUAAAGCAUCCAAUAAGGAGUUGGUAAAGUCUGGUCCGAAGAACCUAAAUGUUGUUGAUUUGCGACUGUACAUCACAAGGACAGAUUAUUUGCUGACGUCCUCUGUUCCAAAUUCAGAAAAAACUUCAUGGAAUAUGACAAUUGCAGAAGUUGGGGCUUCUUUGCUUUGUCUAGACGCUUCCAGUGGGGCUCCUAUGAAUUUGCCUGAUAAGCUUGUUUCUGAAAUUGGCAUUGAUUUUGCUAUUCCAUUGUCAUGUCACACAAAAGGCUCUAUUUUUCGCCAUCGAAAUCAUAUUUUGCUUGAAUCAUCCGGGCCUGAAAUACUCACAAGGGUGCCUCCUGAAGAUUUGAUGCUCCCAGUGCCUCCAUCAGGUCUGAUUAUUGCUUCAAAGUCUGCGGUUGAUAAAUUUGUAAAUGUUCAUCACGAAGAUAUUACGCACCCAGCCCCUACUACGGACUCCUUGUUGCCUCUGCAACCUAAAACAGACUUUCAUCACAAUGAUGAUAGUGAAGCAAUGCUUCCUUUGCCUCCCAUGAAGAUUGAUGAUACAGGGAUAUUUGAUAUGAUUAGCAUAAGGAUUUCUCCUAAUCAUCUGUUAAGCAUGUUUUUUGAAUGGUCACCUGCAUUUCCUCUUAUUUUGUUCAUGAUUGGCCUUGUUGUGGGCUUGAUUGUUAAAGGUUAUACUCUGGCAGUUAAAGAACAAGCUUUCUUGAAUCAGCAGCCCAGUAAUUCUGGCUCAAAAACUGCAUCUUCCAAGAGGAAGAAAAUUCAAAAAUCAGGAAAGAAUGGCAGUGUUGAAAAAAAGGAUAAGCAUGUAUCAUCUGAAAAUGGAGAUGCAUAUGUACAUACUGAUGGUGAUAACCAAAUGUCGUUGCACCUUAAUAAACUUGUAGAUGGUGGCACUGAUGGGCGUAGGAUAGGUAAACUAUUUGUAUCAAACACCGAAAUUGCUAAGGGAAGCAAUGGUACCAUUGUCCUUGAGGGAAUCUAUGAAGGUCGACCAGUUGCUGUGAAACGUCUUGUCCAGGCUCAUAAUGAUGUGGCUUUUAAAGAAAUUCAGAAUCUCAUUGCAUCUGACCAGCAUCCAAACAUUGUUCGAUGGUAUGGAGUGGAGUAUGAUCAAGAUUUUGUCUAUCUCUCUCUAGAGCGUUGUACUUGCAGCUUGGAUGAUUUGAUCCAAAUUUACUCAGAUUGUUCACAGAACCAAGUGUUCAACAAGAACAAAGCAGCAAGAGCUAUGAUUGAGUAUAAAGCUCGCUUGGAGUCAGUGAAGAAUAUUUUUCCAGAUCUUAAUUUGUGGAAAGCAAAUGGCCAUCCAUCACCUCUGUCAUUAAAGCUGAUGAGAGAUGUGGUUUCUGGGCUUGUGCAUUUGCAUGAAUUGGGGAUAAUUCAUCGGGACUUAAAGCCUCAAAAUGUGUUGAUAAUCAAGGAAAGAUCUUUAUGUGCAAAGCUUUCAGACAUGGGCAUUAGCAAGCGCCUUGUUGGGGAUAUGUCUUCUUUGGGUCAUCAUGCUACUGGUUGUGGCAGUUCUGGUUGGCAAGCACCAGAACAGCUUCAUCAUGGACGCCAAACACGCUCUGUAGAUUUGUUUAGUUUAGGCUGUCUCCUUUUUUUCUGCAUCACUGGAGGUCGACAUCCAUUUGGUGAUAGUCUUGAACGUGAUAUUAAUAUUGUGAAGAACCAAAUGGACCUCUUUUUAGUGGAACAUAUCCCUGAAGCUGUGCAUCUUAUUUCUCGUUUAUUGAACCCUGACCCUGAAUUGAGGCCAAAGGCAAUGGAGGUGUUGCACCAUCCUCUAUUCUGGACUUCUGAAAUGAGAUUGUCAUUUCUUCGGGACACUAGUGACAGAGUAGAGUUGGAAGAUAGGGAGACUAAUUCUGAUCUCUUGAAAGUGUUAGAAAGUACCGGACCAGUGGCUUUGGGUGGGAAAUGGGAUGAAAAGAUGGAGCCUGCAUUUAUCAAUAACAUUGGCCGUUAUAGGCGUUAUAAAUUUGACAGUGUUCGAGACUUACUGCGUGUCAUGCGAAACAAGUUGAACCAUUAUAGGGAACUUCCCAAAGAAAUUCAGGAGCUUGUAGGACCAGUACCUGAGGGUUAUGAUCGCUACUUUACAAGUCGAUUCCCAAGACUCUUCAUUGAAGUAUACAAGGUUGUUUGCGGAGACUGUAUGGAAGAGGAAUCCUUUCAAAAGUAUUUCAAAAGCAAUGUUGAUUAGCUUUUUAUGCUCUUUCUAAUUGCUUAGCUACUAUCUAUGGCUUUUGUUGUAUAUAUUAUCCAUUUUCCGUUAACUAUCAUACGCAGGUUGUUGACAAUUGUAAACGUAACUGUAAUAUAAUAAUGUAUAAAUGUAUCAUCAAUUAAUUUUAUUGAA